AUGAGCCAUGAUGAGGAGAUUGCGAGGAGGCUGUUGGUCGAGCUGAAUCACGGGGCCAUCUGCAUCCCAGGAGAUGACGGCCUGGUGAUCCUCAGUAGCGAUAGUGAGGAAGUGGUCACCGAGGAGGAGGAGGACACCGAGGAGGAGGAGGUGAAGGACGAACCCGUGGGCAGUGGGUCACCGUCGAGGAGAUUGGUUGCUCCCAUCUCAUCAGCGAGUUCCCUAAAGAGCUUGGUGACAAUAGGAGGUGGUGCCUUCUCCAGUUAUCUUAGAUUAGGGUCCUAG